UGCCCACCCCUUUUACCCAGAUUUACUCGAUUACCACCAUCAGACUCGUUUUGAAGGAGCUGCGAGUUUGCGUUUGAAGCGGUGCCUACCUAUACAGCCAAGCAUGCAUCCAGCCGGAGGGAUCUCUGCUACGAUAUACGCCAACAGGCUCCGGGCAGAAGGCAUGGGCUCCAAGGAGCAGGCUGUGCGCUUCUCCAACCAGGACUACGAAGCUCUGAAACAAGAGUGUGUGGAGUCGGGCUGCCUGUUUGAAGACCCCUGUUUCCCAGCUGAGCCUCCAUCCCUGGGCUUCAAGGAGCUCGCCCCCUACUCCUCCAAAACUAGAGAUGUGGUGUGGAUGAGACCCACGGAACUGACUGAUGACCCUCAGUUCAUUGUGGAUGGCGCCACCAGAACAGACAUCUGCCAGGGAGCGCUGGGUGACUGCUGGCUCUUGGCAGCCAUCGGCUCUCUCACCCUGAACGAGAGGCUUCUUCAUCGGGUCGUCCCACAUGGGCAGUCCUUCCAAGACGACUAUGCUGGUAUCUUCCACUUCCAGUUCUGGCAGUUUGGGGAGUGGGUGGAUGUUGUCAUUGAUGACAGAUUGCCUGUCAAAGACACAGAGCUCAUGUUCGUCCAUUCAGCUGAGGGCAACGAAUUCUGGAGUGCACUUCUGGAGAAAGCUUACGCUAAGCUGAAUGGCUCCUAUGAGGCUCUGUCCGGAGGAAGCACCACUGAAGGGUUUGAGGACUUCACAGGUGGUGUGUCUGAGAUGUACGAGCUGCGCAAGCCUCCCAGAAAUCUGUACAGGAUAAUCUACAAAGCUCUGGAGAGAGGCUCCCUGCUGGGCUGCUCGAUCGAUGUGAGUGCUAAACACACUGGCGCACCAUCAAGACACGAACAUUGGUGUUGCACCAUCUUGAGAAAGCCAAUUAGAUUAAAAGCAUGUCUAUUCAUUUCUGUGCCAGACAAUCCUUACUCAGAUGAAGACGUCAUGUUUUUACAGAUCACCAGCGCCUUCGACAUGGAGGCUGUAACAUUCAAGAAGCUUGUGAAGGGCCACGCCUACUCUGUCACUGGGCUGAAGGAGGUUGAUUUCCGUGGCAACAUGGAACGCCUUAUCCGAGUACGUAACCCUUGGGGCCAGGUGGAGUGGACUGGUGCCUGGAGUGACAAUGCACCUGAAUGGGACGAGAUCGACCCUUCUGAACGAGAGGACUUGCAUCUUAAGAUGGAGGACGGGGAGUUUUGGAUGUCCUUCAGUGAGUUCACGAGGCAGUUCUCUCGGCUAGAGAUCUGCAACUUGACUCCUGAUGUUCUGAGCGAUGACGGUCUCAGCCACUGGAACACCAUAAAGUUUUAUGGCACGUGGAGGAGAGGCAGCACCGCUGGAGGCUGCAGGAACCAUCCCAACACGUUUUGGAUCAACCCUCAGUAUAAGAUCACAUUGCUGGAGGAAGAUGAUGAUCCAGAGGACGAUGAGGUGGCUUGCAGUUUUUUAGUAGCGCUCAUGCAGAAGGACCGCCGCAGAUAUCGGCACCACGGUCAGGACAUGCACACCAUUGGCUUUGCUCUCUAUGAGAUCCCAGAAGAGUACAGAGGCUGCCAGAAUGUCCACCUGAAGAAAAAUUUCUUUUUGAACCAUUCAUCGUGCGCACGCUCAGAGACCUUCAUUAACCUGAGGGAGGUGAGCACGCGUCUGCGUCUGCCCCCUGGGGAGUACCUCAUCGUCCCCUCUACCUUUGAGCCUGGGAAAGAGGCUGACUUUGUCCUCAGAGUCUUCACUGAGAAGCAAUCAGAAACAGAAGAACUGGAUGAUGAAAUCUCUGCCAAUUUAGCGGACGAUGAGGAAAUAACUGAAGACGAUAUUGAUGACUCCUUUAAAUCCAUGUUCGCCCAGCUAGCAGGAGAGGAUAUGGAGAUUUCUAUUCACGAGCUCAGGACCAUUCUGAACAGAGUCGUCGCCCGGCACAAAGAUCUGAAGACUGAUGGCUUCAGUAUGGAAUCAUGUCGGACCAUGGUCAACCUGAUGGACAAAGACGGUAGUGCCCGUUUAGGGCUGGUGGAGUUUCAGAUCCUCUGGAACAAGAUCCGAAACUGGCUGGUCGUUUUCAGACAGUUUGACCUUGACAAGUCAGGGGCCAUGAGCUCAUAUGAGAUGCGUCUUGCUGUGGAGGCAGCAGGUUUUAAACUGAAUAACAGACUGAACCAGAUCCUGGUAGCCCGGUAUGCAGAGAAUGAGAUGAUUGACUUUGACAACUUCAUCUGCUGCUUGGUCAAGCUUGAAGCCAUGUUUAGGUCUUUCCAGCAGUUUGACAAGGAGGCAUCAGGAGAGGCUGAGCUGAAUCUCACAGAGUGGCUUUACCUGACAAUGUGUGGUUGAAGAGGAGUCUUUACUGGAAGAGGGUAUAGAACAAAGGUACAGACUGCCACCAACCAGGAGCCCUGAAGACCCCUCAGCCUUAGAAACCUGCUGAUCCUUUAACACAUCCCACCUCAGCACCGAAUCUAGCAAAAGAGCUGUAUAACUAUAAACCAAAGUCCAACCGAGACGUGUUUUAGAAACUAUGCAAACCUACAGUAUGAAGCAGUCCAUGUGCCACAUCAAUCUGUCCUCUUUGUAAAAUCAGCAUGAGUCUGUGCAUGACAAAAAUCACUAGCUGUAAUGUGCAUUGUAAACAGUUGAUUUUAUAUUUCCUCAUUUUAGUUUUGCUGUCUGUAUGAAUAUCAACAGAUUUACUAACUGUUCUCUUUAUCUAAUAUUGGCAUCUUACUAAAGACUUUUUCACAAAGCAGGAUAAAAAAUAGAUGAAAUUUCAUUGAGGUUCUAAGUCUGUUACUGUAGUGCUUUAAAAAGGUAAGUCUUAUAGUUUCUUUUAAUCAUUCUGUACUUGUAUUUCCACUUUUCCCUGAUUUGAUCAGAGAUGUCUUUUAACAGGAAAUCAUGUGGUUUGUAGUUUCAUUCUUGCACCUGCAGGUGGCAGUACAGACCAAUCAGAUUUCAGAGUUAUGGGGAUUUUGUUUUGUUUUUUUUUAUUUUUUGGCAUUUGAUAAUGAAGUUUAGCCUGUUUAUAUAUUACAGUAUUUUUGAUCGAAAUUGAAGUCACGCAGCUGACCUAUAUUGUUUUUAUUUUGCACUCGGACUUUAGUUUAAGAAGCUGUUAGUGAAGUUGCCUCACAUUAGUGACAAAUACUAUCAACAGUCCACUCAAGUAAGAUUUGCAGGGAUCAUGAUACUGAAUGCCUUAUACAUUGCACCAUUAUGUUAUAAAUGGCUAUUAAAAUGUGCCAGUCAUGUGUUUCAUGUUGUGAAUGUAUGUUGUGCCUUCAAUAAAUAUUUACCUCAU